CGGUCAAUAGUAAAAAUCGCCUUGUACCGUUCUACCACUUCGCUGCUGAUACACAACUCAAUUAUUUUAAUCGCGCUGAUUACUGCACAAUAUGUCGUUGCCCAGAGCGUCGAUAGGCUCACCCCCACAAAAUUGAUAACUGCAAGACUGUAACAGAAUCGGAGUCACGAAAGGUCAAUGCCACUGAUUACCGACUCUAUUAAAUUCCACAAUCUACUACAGCUCUCCUCAGUGUAUCACCAGAAUCGACAGUCGUAGACAGUGUUGUGCAAUUAAUUUCACAGCUAUGAAGAUAAUUAUUGGAGCCAUCCUCACCUCCCUCGUCUCCUCAGCCCUUGGCCAGGACGAGGUUUGUAAAUCGCACAAGGGUUUGAAUAUUUGCGAGAAAUCCACCACCACAAUCACGAGCGUUAAGGUAGAAGAGCGUUCAGCCCUCCACGACGGCAUUUUGGAGCUGUCAUUCGACGGCGACACGACUAUUGGCCCGAAAGCCUUCAGCGUUCUGGAGCUCCGAGGAUUUCUCCUAAUGAUGCCCUACAGCAACGAGCGCAUCCUGUCUGCUCUUCCUACCCUGACGCUGCACCCGGACACAUUCGUCGGCUCAUCAAAUAUAUCCAGAAUCUUCGUUCUCCGAGCAAACGUCAAUUUGAUCGGAGAGUCGUUCACUUCCAUGACGCAACUGCAGUACUUGCGAUUUAUGUAUUGCGGCUUCACUGAAGUGCCCACUAGAAUGCUGGAGUCCACCCCAAAUCUCGACGAACUGUCGUUCGAAAAUAAUUAUAUUCGGGCUGUUCGUCCGCACGCUUUCGCGCCCUUGAAACGCCUCAGGGAGCUGCAUCUGGAGGGGAAUGGCAUCGUCAGUCUGGAGCUGGGGUGUUUCGAUGGUCUCGACCAGUUGAGAGUACUGAACCUAGCCGACAACCACUUCACCGCGACACCCGGCAUUUUCAACGGCUUGAACAAGGUCUUCCGUCUUGAUAUAGAGAACGCAUUCGACGAGAAUGGAUUCAACAUUGAUAUUCUUCGAGAUCUGCCGGCCCUUGGGAGCAUGCGAAUGGGGCACAAUAACGUGACGUCUUUGGAGCCCGACAUGUUCGCGAUUGUUCCGGAGUUGGAGAACCUGUCGCUGUACGGGAAUCACAUAACUAGCGUCCCGAAAGGGGUGUUCGACCGGCUCAAGUCGCUCUAUUUGCUCCACUUGGCCGCUAAUGACGUGGGGUCUAUCGAACCCGGGGCGUUCUCUGGAUUAAAUAUGACGGUUCUGUAUCUCUUGGAUAAUAGGGUGGAUAAAACUAUCGAGACCGGCACGUUCAGCGGCCUGUCUGUGCAUGAGUUAAAUCUCGAGUGCAGUAAUGUUACGGAACUGAAGCCCAGGGCUUUCGACGGUCUCUCCGCGCAGGAGGUGAAUCUGAGCCACAAUAAAUUAACGCAAGUUGGAGCUGAUGACUUUAGUGGACUUGAUACUGAGGAACUGAAAUUACGGGAUAAUGGCAUUUCUUCUAUUGCACCGAAUGCCUUCAAGAAUACGAAGGUGAAGAAACUAGAUCUCUCGGAAAAUCCAAUUCGGGAGGCUGAUAAAGACAAGUGGGGUCUCCCUGCGUCAACAGAAGUAUUGAUGUACUGAUGAUCAAAUAAUCUAGUGUAAUGAAGACGAAUAAAUUUCACUGCGUUUUUAGUCA